GAGGGCAAAUACGUAGACACGAGCUCAUCUUGAGAACUGUUUAUAAAAUACGCGUACCGAGACGGCGUAUGUUACAACGGCUGUUCUUCGUCGCUUAAGAGUGGAAUUUUGGGACCUUGAAGGAGGAGAUUCACUUAGAAUUACCUUUGUAAUCCAGCCUAAAUCCAUUGUAACAUGCGAGUACAGGCGCUGGCCAUCGCCGUGCUGUUGUUGCUGUGUUUAAUGACAUCCGCAGCCGGACGCAGGGGGCGGGCAAGACGACGGGAACAAAGAGGUCAUGGACAUCAUAGACGACAUUCUACGGGUCGAUCUGGUAACAGAGGCUUACACUCACAUUCAACCUCAGCUUACCGCCGGCGAUUAAACGUGCGGACGGAAACAAAUGAGGCGGAAGGUUUCAACGUGGAUGAGGAGGUUUCAGAAGAUCGGGCGCAUUCGGUUGUUUCCGCACCGUACAGUGGUGAACAUGUGAGACUUCGUGGAAACUCUAGUUUUUACAACGCUGGUAUGCUGGAGGUAUACAGAAACCAUACCUGGGGGCUAGUUUGUGACGACAAUUGGGACGUUACGGAUGGGGCCGUGGCCUGUAAACAGCUAGGAUUUAUCAGAGGCGCUGUCCAUGCUACGCGGGAAUCUUACUUUGGGUCUGGAUCUUAUACAACUAAUCAGUUUGUGAUGGAUGACGUAGAGUGUAGUGGAGGGGAGGCUACUCUACAAGCGUGCGACUACUCCGAGACCCACAACUGUGGACUGACUGAAGCAGCCGGAGUGGUAUGCCAGCUGAACACGGCGUGUGAAGAAGGCUGGGUGGCUGGAACAGACAGCUGUUAUUAUCUCUUCCGAGGACGGGUUUCCUUUACCACGGCCAAGGAGAGAUGUCAGCGCAUUGACGCCCACCUAGUGCGCAUCGAAACAAAGGCGGAAAACAACUUUCUCUCCAACAUACUGAGACGUAUUCAACCAAAUGAAGUUGUGUGGUACACGGGCGGAAUGAAUGUGGCUGGUCAGUGGUUGUGGACAGAUAACAGACAACCUAUCAUCACUACCAACUGGUUCCCAGGCUGGAAUCCUUCCGGUGACCUAUCACAACCCUCAGAACGCUGGCAGGAGAAUUGCCUGGCUCUACAGAGCCGAUUCCCUCGACCAGACGACACCGCCGGAGACGUGAACUAUUUCUUCUGGAACGACAUGCGAUGCUCUGUUCUGACAAACUUCAUUUGUGAGAAGGACAAAGUCAGAAGCCACGCUCUCCAAGCAGACUGUUAUACCGGUAGAGGGACGGAUUACCGCGGGACAGCCAGCAAUACAGAGAAAGGCACAGAAUGUGUAUCUUGGGAGAGUGCCCCAAGCAUCAACCCACAAACCUACCCAGAUGAGGGUUUGGGGGAUCACAAUUUUUGCCGUAACCCUGACAACGACACGCGCCCGUGGUGCUGGGUUAACGUUCAGGAAAACAAGUUUGGAUUCUGUGAUUUGCAGCCGUGUUCCAAUAUCUCGGGGAGUGUAGUAACAUUAGCAACAACAACAACAACAGUCACGCCAGAAACAGAGGCAACAACAGUUCCGUACUGUCCAAGCAAUAAGAUCUAUUGCAGCUCCGAGCACAGAUGUAUACCGAAGACGUGGCGGUGCGACGGCGAAGAUGAUUGCAGUGACGGGGAAGAUGAGAAUGGUUGUGAUUACAAAUUACCAUUGUUCACGCACAGCCCAGAUAAAAUGAUGUCGCUUAUCUACGAGAGAGAAAGAUAUGUUCGUAUUGUUCUGGAAAUGUGCGCCCGGAAGUGCGUAGAAGCACGCAACUUCGUCUGUAGAUCUUUCAGUUUCAAGAGAGGUAAGAAUGAAUGCUUCCUGUCUGAUUCCAAUACGAUGUCAGCUGGACGACCACUGGAUUCCGAAGAGUAUGACUACUAUGAACUGACCAGUCAAGCCAUUGAAUGCUCCGUCAGUGGUAUGUUUGAAUGCGCCAAUGGCAAGUGUGUACCACAGUCGCAGCAGUGUGAUGGAACCGAUAACUGCAACGAUUUUUCUGACGAAGUCAACUGUGGCACAACAGCCCCGCUGGAGGUGCGGAUGGUUAAUGGCGAUGACGACCAUUCGGGCCGACUUGAGGUGAAAUAUCUAGGGGAGUGGGGUACAGUGUGUGAUGAUGGGUGGAAUCUGCCCGACGCCACCGUAGUCUGUAAAAUGCUGGGUUACAGAGGCGCGGUUCGUGCGUCAACGCAAGCCGAAUACGGACAAGGAAACCGGAAUAUCUUGCUGUCAAACGUCCGUUGCCAAGGAAACGAGCUCCGGCUUGACGAUUGCCCCCAUGAUCCGUGGAGGCAACAUAACUGUCAACCUUACGAGACAGCAGGGGUUGUGUGUCAAGGGUUCAAAGUGUGUCAGGAUACCCAGUUUGAGUGUACAUCUGGGGAAUGCUUCCCGGCCUCUUAUAUCUGCGAUGGCGACAAUGACUGUGGUGACAACUCCGACGAACAGAAUUGUGGGCCAGUGGUGGAACUUAUUGGAGGUUCCGCACAGAAUGAGGGACGCGUAGAGGUGUUGAGGAAUGGGGUUCGUGGUACUGUCUGUGACGAUGAUUGGGGCAGCAAUGAUGCCGCUGUCGUUUGUCGGAUGUUAGGCUAUAGCGGAGGUGUUUCACGAUCGUUUGGGGCCGGCUCUGGUGUGAUCUGGCUGGACGACGUAGAGUGCACAGGAGAAGAGAACUCUAUCGCUGAUUGCUUGUCAUCUCUCUGGGGAACACACAAUUGUGAGCACAGUGAAGAUGCUGGCGUUGUGUGCUCCACAGAUCCGGCUCCUUCAUCAACCGGGGCGGCUUGGUCAACCACUGGCUCUCCUUUAACAGUGGCUGCAGCAGUGUGUGGUCAAAGGCCUAUUUCACCACGGACUAGCAGAAGAAAGCGUGAUAUGGAAUUACGGGAGGUCGAGGAACCCAAGCUGCAGAACCUUGUCGGCGGCAGUACUGUUCGGUAUGGCUUCUACCCUUGGCAAGUCGGUAUACGAAAGCGUCUUCGAUCGGGCGUGAUGGGCGCUUGGUGUGGAGGCACCAUUAUUGACGAGCACUGGAUCCUCACCGCGACUCACUGCUUUCAGAACAGUCCGAAGUCAUCUUAUCUUAUUCGGGUAGGAGAUGUUGACAACAAGCAGCCUGAUCUUUACGAACAGGAUUUUCUGAUUGACGAACUUUUUACUCAUGAAGGCUAUAUACGUAGUAGCCACGACAAUGACAUUGCUUUGGUGAAAAUUAGACCAAGAAAUGGCCGAGGAAUAUUGUUUAAUGAUUAUGUCCAGCCUGCCUGUCUACCAGCUAAUGAGGACGCCUACAUCGCCGGCACGAUUUGCCAUAUAUCAGGGUGGGGAAGAGCAGAAACUGGCUACCCUAACCUGUUACGGGCCGCAGACCUGCCUCUUAUUUCUAGAAGCACCUGCCAGCUGCUUUACAAGGGGGAGAUAACUCGGAGGAUGUUCUGUGCAGGCUAUGUUUCGGGUGGGGUGGACACAUGUCAGGGAGAUAGCGGAGGUCCGUUAGUCUGUGAUGUUGAUGGUUCGUUUACAGUACUGGGUGUAACUUCCUGGGGACGGGGCUGUGGGCUUGUGAAUUCUCCAGGGGUUUACACCAAAGUGCAUGAGUUCCUGCCGUGGAUACAGAGCAAAAUGAGGACUGCCUCAUGAAGCUGAUAAUAUCAGGCUGGGAGAAAAAUAGAUGUGAUAUAAUCACUGCUCUUAAGACUCUUUUGUAACAUCUAAAUUGCCUGUAGCUAGGCCUAACUGAGCAAGCAGGUAAAUCAAGAGUUCAGGUGAACGGUUUAUCAGAAUGAUAUGAUGUAAAUUAUCUGGUGGUCAAUACCUUUCCUGGUUUUAUAAUACACGACAAGACCUUUCCAUCUUCAUUUUCUUUGAUGAGUGUUUUAUUUUAAAACUAUUUGAUAGAUGUGGAUUUUUCUGAAUAAAAUACACAGACAAUGGUA